GCUCCAUUCGCAGUCAGCCUGGUGUUUGCAAAUAUUGAGUAGGCUCCUGAGCAAGGGAUCUGCUCCAGAUGCCCCAGGAAGAGUCGAAGGGGGGAAAUAGUAAUAAUAAUAAUAAUAAUAAUUAAUUUUUUAAAAUUAAAAAAUUAAAUAUUACAAAGAAGGAGCCACCUUUGCAAAAGGACUCUGCAAAUAUAUAUAUAUAUAUAUAAAUCUAUAUAUAUUAAUGCUGUGCAAUUCAACUUUGCAUGCCACUGGGCUUUUUGGUCUUUCUCCUGGCUGGUUUUGUUGGAAAGCAAGCACCCCAAGAGGAUUUAACAGCAACAGGGGGGGAAUAAUAAUUUUUUAAUAUUUUUCCCUCUCUCCUUGGAAUUUUUUUAAUAUUAUUUUUAUUAUCAUUAUUAUUUUUCUGGUGGUGUUCUUUGUGUUUUUAUAUUUUCUUUUUCCUUCCCUCUAGCAGAGGAGGAAGUGGGACUUUGUAAAUAGCUGUCAGCCAGAUUGAAGAAGCAGCAACCUCAGCAAUAGCAUCCUAUAUAUAUUAAAAGGCAUCUCUCUCUCUUGGUUUCUAUGACUUUUCUCCUGCUGCUGGUGAUUUUUCCAAAAGACUUCCAGAGUGGACACUGACUUUUUUGUUUUUGUUGUUGUUGUGGAAGGUCAACUUUCCUCACCCCUCCCUUGACAAGACAAUAAUAAUAAUAACCACAAGAGCAAUUGUUAUUAUUAUCAUUAUUAUUAUCCAGAGACAUGGAUGUGCUCCCAAUGUGUAGCAUCUUUCAGGAACUGCAAAUUGUGCACGACACUGGUUACUUCUCUGCUUUGCCAUCUCUGGAGGAAUAUUGGCAACAGACAUGCUUAGAGCUGGAACGAUAUCUUCAGAGCGAGCCCUGCUACGUGUCGGCCUCUGAGAUUAAAUUUGACAGCCAAGAGGAUCUGUGGACCAAAAUUAUUCUGGCACGUGAGAAAAAGGAAGAAUCAGAACAGAAAACUGCAUCUGUUCCAAAGGAGGACAGUACGAGUAGCCAGAGUUUAGAGACUAACAGUUUGAAUUCUGAUAUCAGCAGUGAAUCUUCAGACAGCUCUGAGGAACUUUCACCUACGACUAAGUUUACCUCUGAUCCCAUAAGUGAUGUCUUGGGUAUGGCCAAUACGGGAAACUUGAGCUCGUCUGUCACAUCGACUCCUCCUUCUUCCCCUGAAUUGGGCAAAGAGCCAUCUUCUCAACCAUGGAAUAGUGCACCCAGUGACUUGCAUUCACCAGGCAAAAUUCGUACUAGCGCUGGUGGAAAGACUGCAGAAAAAGGAUCCUCGGCCAAUGGCGAUGCGUCUCCAGAUGGGAGGAGGCGGGUUCACAGGUGUCAGUUCAAUGGGUGCAGAAAGGUUUACACCAAAAGUUCACAUCUGAAAGCACAUCAGCGUACCCAUACAGGAGAAAAGCCUUACAGAUGCUCAUGGGAAGGGUGCGAGUGGCGUUUUGCGAGAAGUGAUGAGUUAACCAGACACUUCAGAAAGCACACGGGUGCCAAGCCUUUUAAAUGUAAUCACUGUGACAGGUGCUUCUCUAGGUCUGAUCACCUGGCCCUUCACAUGAAGAGGCAUCUCUGAAUGGGUGGAGAGGGCAAAUCCUGCAGGCUAAGAGGCUUCAAGGUCAACUGGCCUUGAAAGAAGGGAUGCGUGUUCCAGCCAAAGCAUGCCACUUUGCACCCUAACCCAGUUGCCUCCAGGGCCUCUCUUCCUUGGAAGGUCUUCAGAGGGCUAAACAAGUCAUGUAAGAAAUGGCAUAGUGACCGCACGGUGUGGGUCUCCUGCGCUGGUACCCAACCUUCUGAGUGGCUUCUACGCCUUCUGCCGUGAGCACGUGCACUGAGAAUGUUAAUGAUUGGACGACUGUAUGUUAUUGAGGAUCUACUGGGCGACUGUAUGCUGAGGCACAUUAUUUUUUUGUUGUUUGAUUGGGUUUUUUUAAAAAAAAACCCUUGUGGUUGUUUUUUUAACCAAAGGAGAGAAAGAGAGAAGGUCAGCUAAGUUGGGGGGGGGGGGGGGGGGGGAAAAAUGUAUGUGAGGAGUAUAUACCACAAGAUGGGGUGAUCACCAAUCAUUCCCAAGGGGCAGGGGCAAAUGGGGUGUUGCACCUUUUUAAAAAGAAAGUGCGUGGGGGGUGGGAAUGGAAGGGAGGGGAAGUCAAGUCAGGAUGCCAGAAUGGAGGGAGGGAACCCUUUAUCCUGUGUGAGAGGAACUUUUGGUGUCUGGUCCAGCUAUUAAAUGUGCAAUGUGUCAAGUAGCUUGUUUUACUUGCUACAGAGCUCAUUUGUAAUCCAUUGUAUAAGCUGUGUAUUUACAAUAUAACACAACCUAUAACUUUUUUCAUUAUAAUACAAAGGUUAUUGCAUGGUUCUGGGGAACUAUAUGCUUUUCCAUUCUUUUAAUCAGGACUGCAGGUGUUUUGUUCUGUUCCCCACCCCGGCCCCUCAAUUCCAGUUCAAAGCUGCUACAAUGCAAUUGGUUUAAUGUUACAUACAACCAGAUCCAGAUUUUUUUUUAAUUUUUAUUAUUAUUAUUAUUUUGGUCCUGUUGGGUGGAUAAAACCACUGUAGGUUAGAAACUGAUUUUUAAAAGAAAAAAAUUCUCAUGCAGCUAUUAUUUUUCUUUUAUUUAUGCCUUGAGGUCUAAUUUCUGUUUUUUAGCUGUCAAUGCACUGUUGACCUUAAUAAUGGUGCCUUAUGCAAUGCGAUCUCUUGUCGGAGGUCUUAUACAGGGGUAUAGGUGAUGUAUGCUUCAUUAAGGCUCUCUUGUCACCUGACACUUGUACUGUAUCAAAUAAUAUUUAGGAAGAGGUGGGAAGAACAUAGACUGAUGUUCAAGGUGUGCUUAUAAAACAUUCUUAAACUUGCCAGUACAAUAUCUCUCUUUAUAUAUUUUUUCCGUUCCCAAAGUUCCAUGGAAUAAUUUGACCAGAUCUACCCAUUUGAAAAUGCCUGGUUUGGGUUUCGUUAUUUUACAUUUGACUUUGCACAACCCACCACCUUCCUUCCCCACCCUGAAAAUAUAACUACUUCAGAGGAUAUGAUUUUUUCAUGCAUAUUUAAAAGUGUGGGAAUAUGAGACACAUUUAAGAAGUGUUUGCUUAAAAGGCACAAGUUCCACAUCUAUAUAGCUAGCUUUCUCUUGGCGAAAACAGAAAGAAAAUAUAUGGUUUGAAAAAUGAAAAAAGCAACAACAGCAACAAAACGUUACCAAGUGGGUAGAAAGUUUGUAGUGUAUGUAUAUUUGUGUGUGUAUAUAAAUAUAUAUAAAUAUAUAUAUCAGUAGCUCUGUGUGUGUGUGCGCGAGUGUGUGUGCGUGUUUGCGGGUGUGUGUAUAAAUAUAUAAAUAUAUAGAUAGAUAAUAAUAUAUUAUUAUUUUUAAGGGUUGAGUUGAACUCUGCUUGGAAAUAGCCAAGGUUUUAAGGAGCCCUCUGUUUCCCUCCAUUUUAUAUAAAGAAAAGCCAGUUAUCAAUACUUAACAUUUCAUCUGUUUUAACUUGUAGCUUUCUAAAAAGUAUUGUGCAUAGAUCAAAGGAAGGGAGCAACCACGUGCUUUUCCCUUGUCUCUGUGAAGCUGCAUCACUACAAAGCUGUUGCAUUUCAUUUUGGGGUCAGGGAAAGCAUGCUAAACAAAAAAUCUCUAUGCUCAAGCAAAAUCAAGCAGUGUGGGUCCUCCUUGUGUGGUGCAAUGUGUGUGACUGCAGCUGCAAUUUUGGGGCAAGUUUGUAAUGGAAACCAAAAAGACAAGUUUUUACAAUCCGUCUUUCUGACAUCAGAGCAAUGGGAGUGGUAUUUUAUCUUUAGAUGGUGGUACAUGUAGGGUUGCCAGUGUGAAAACCAGAGAUAUCUCCUGGCUUUUUAAAGCCUGUGUAGAAGAAGAAAUUGUAGAAGGUGUUGCUUGUUAUCUGGUUACCCUGCUGAAAUUCCAGUUUCUACACAGUCAUUGAAGAGUGAGGAGGCAUCUCUAGUUUUCACUCUAGCAACCCUAGGCAUGUGAGCCCUUCAUCCUUUAACCCGCCUUGAAUCCCAUUGUGGGAGAAAGGUGGGAUGUAAAUCAUUGAAAUAAAAUAAAUAAAUACAGUAGUUGGCUUCUAAUUUCAGUGUGAUGUUUCCUUCCCCCCCCCC